CUUCCCUUGUCGCCAUUUCCCCUCACAGGCCCCACAAUACGCGCAACAUAUCCUUCUACCGUCAUAUCCAUCGAUUUUCUUUGUGCCAUUAGACCUUAUUUUUCAUUGCUGUUAAGCUCAGAUCAUCGUUCAUUUCUACAACACCUUUCCAUGACAUCAGGUCUCAUCAAAUCUCUAUCUCCUGCAACAACUACGGCGUCGCUUUCACGCUCCUCCAAAGUUACAUCACAACAUGAGCGCGUACCUCUAGCUUGGGGUUUGCCACCAUCUCGGCAAUUACCAGAUGAAUACCAGAUAACAGCACCCCAGACAGCUUCCGGCUCGGAUCUUGACCAGGACGUCUCACGGCAACUUAUUACAAGCAACAAUGAGCACGCACCUCUCCCAGAAAGCGGUGGUGUCUCCAUGUCACCAGCAAUGAUGUUCUUAUCUGCGUUUAAUCCCUCCGCAAUCCCACAAUCCCCGGAUGCAGAAGGUGAAAUCAUUCGUGGCUAUGUUCUUGGACCAAUCAUAGGUUAUGGGGGUUUUUCCGUGAUCAGACGUGCCUCAUCCCCUUCCGGAGGUGUUGUCGCUGUCAAAAUUGUCCGUCGCACCGAUUUGGAGAAACAGACAGAUCCUUCUUUAGCUAGAAGGCGACUCAAUCACGAGGCCCAGAUAUGGGCUUCUCUAUGUCACGAGCACACCUUACCCCUCUUCUUUUCCGAACACACUCCCUACGCCGACUUCUUCUUCUCUCUUCUUUGUCCCGCGGGAUCACUAUAUGAUAUACUUUUAAGAGACGGUCGUCCCGCUCUCCCUCACGAUGACGCCGGCAUGAUGUUUCGACAAAUUGUACGAGGCGUACGCUACCUGCACGAAGUCGCAGGCUAUGUACACAGGGAUAUCAAACUUGAGAACGUUCUUGUAGACGAGAUGGGUAUAUGUAGAAUUUGCGAUUUCGGCAUGACUCGCAAAAUCGGCGAAGUUGACGGUGAUGAACCCCUAUCCGAUGCAGACAAUCACCCUGAUAAUCACUCUGGCACUCAUCGUCACCGUUCCACUUCUAAUAGACCUGCAAAAUCCAACACAUCUUUGCACCUCUCAAUUUUACGACACCAUCGUCCUAGGCGUCAUCGUACAUCAACUCCUAUCGGCGAAAACCCUCCGCCUGUCCAUCCAUCACAUGUUUUCCAGCAAGGGUCUUUACCAUACGCAUCACCUGAGCUUCUUCAACCCAAACCUUCACGGUUCAAAGGUGCUAAUCCAGCUCAGGACAUAUGGGCCCUGGGUGUUCUGCUUUAUGCGCUUUUGACCGGCCGUCUCCCAUUUUUCGACUCAUUCGAGCCACGACUCCAGAUGAAAAUUUUGCACGGUGUCUAUGAUAUGCCUUCUGGUAUCAGUCGUGGGGCCGAGCAUGUUCUCAAAGGUUGUUUGGAGCGUAGUGUCCGCACCCGGUGGACGAUUGCGACAGUGGAUGAGAUGGCUUGGGGUGUUGGGCUUGACGACGAUGACGACGACGACACAUCUCCUGUAACAGACAAGGAUAAAUUUAAGUUAGUAGAUUAUCCCAGUCGUCGAUCUCCCUCAUUAUCCAAGUCGCGCUCGCGCCCUUGCGCACGGCGUGAUAACAAGCCGAGCCCACCUCACACCGAAGAAGCACCCCCAAGGCUGUCCAACCGUUCCCUCUCCCGUGCCUCUGUCUCAACUGCAAGUUCGCUCUCAACACGAUGUACAAGUCGCAGUAUCUCCCGCCCACCAGUCGUUCGUUAUCCAAUGUCUCCCACAUACGAUGAACUCAGUCAUUCAGUGGUGAGCGCCUCGACGUCUCUCUCUGUGCCGCCUCUUGACAUUGGUGGCCCUGCUCUUCUUACCUCGCCAGGGCCAUCACCUGAGCGUGGCCGGAGACCGAAGAAGGCGGGAUUUUUACCCCCGCCUCGGUGUACAUCAUCAUUAGCGACGUCUUCCCGUCAAUCAGAAUACGCUCCAGAAUCUCGAGAUCUGGACGCUGAUGUAGACGUGUUGGGCGGUACUGCUCACUGGACGUCUACUCUAGGCAUCAACGCUGUAGCAGGGCCUACUGCCCGCCGUAGUGGUAUGACCACUGCGAUCGAGCGUUUGAAAGCCAUUCAGGACGCACUGCCGCCGCAGGAGCACAAAAGGGCCGAGAGCACACCUCCGGCGUCAGGUGCUUGGCUACGGAGAUCGCGGCUUCGUAUCAAGGAAGAUCCUUCUUCCUAUCGUGCAGCCGAAGUUCACGGAGCGGGCGGGUUUCUUAGAGACUCCAGCACCACUCCCAUCCCAAUCACGCCCAAAGGCGGUACCCGAAGCCGGAGUGUAGGGCAUGACACCCGUCACGCCUAUGGCCGCACUCACUAGUUGUAUCCCCACUCUUCCCCCAAAAUUGCAAUCUAUCUUCUGGGGACCAUCAGAUUUGUAAGUUGCUGAAACAAUUGCUAUUUAUCUUGCUUUUUCUCUGGGUUUGGGCUCAUAGAUGUAUUUUGUAUUCAAUCCUGAGGACUUCCAGUACAUACGAUUUCCUUGUCUGUUUUUGUUCCCGUUAUGUUCUGCAAUUAGUGUUUGAGAUACUUGAUGGCAAAAUUUAUAUUACGCAUGCCUUACUUACCAGAAUUGUACUACUUGUCUUAUCCUCAGGAAAUCUCGAACCUCAUUCACAAUA